GACUUCACUUUUUUGACAGCACUAACGAUAGGAAAAACAAACAUUUUGGAAAAAGGCUUGAAUAUUUGAAUUUAGCAAGAUAAGCCCCCUAAAUUCUCCGUUAGUUUAUUGCCAAAACUAUGUCCCAAAGCUAAGCUACUUUAGACCAUCGUCAGCCAUGCUUGAGAAUGCUGUCAAUAAGGAACGUCCCAUUUAUAAGGACAUCCAGUGCCUCACAGACGCCCAGCUGUCCCUCAUGUGCAAGAGCCAUGACAUCUUCACAGGUCCAAUAACCUUUCGAAAUCGGCGAUUCGUGGAGCGCGAACUCCAUAUAGCGAUUAUUGAGGAGCGGGCCAAGUACCGGGCCCAUCAGCAGUUCGCCCGGGAGUGCAAUUUGCAGAAUUUUAGAAACAACCAGCAAGUUCGGCCGCCCCAAGAGCACUACGGUAUAGUGAACGCACUUCCCCAAAACACCCAGCUGAACCAUGUACCACGGACUUACUGGCCAACUCCUGGAUUAUUCAAUUUGCACGGACCUGUGCCGUCCAGCAGUAAUUUCCAAAAUCGGGGAAACCGUCCGGAUCCCAUUCUCGAGCCACGUCGGUACAUCACUUGGCGGCAGCAAAAUAGCUGGCCCAACCAUACCAGAACUAAAACCAAGACCAAGAUCCUAGGCUUCAACAUGCCCUUUUCGCUGGAGGCGGCCUUGGAUUUCAGUUCAAGAUUGAGCAGCACUAUCAAGCGUUUUCGGGGUGGCGGCGAGGAGGAUAUGUUUCAGCAAGAGUCAGCUGAAAAAGAGCAUGAGAAAAAUAAGAUAGUUGAGCGGUAUCAAGAAGGGCAUGAAAUAUUAUUUCAUGAUAGUUCUCAGGAUGAAUAUCAGGAUGAUUACGAAGAGCAGUCCCAAGAAGAUUAUAGCGAAGAAGCGCCAAUAGCAGCACGGGAGGUUCUUGAACGGGACACGCUCUCCGAAAGUUCAGAGGACGAAGGCCAGCAGCGGGAUAGUGGGAAGAAGAAACUACCAACCCAGGACCCCUAUGUCCUUCCAUGUCCCUACAACUUCCGAGAACUGCAGAGACCGGUCGACGGUGCGGAUGCGGAAUCUCACAGCGAACUAUGCGAUUACCUGAGUUUCAUCAGCAUGUCAAGUGUUUAUCACGAGUUCACCAGCCAAGUGCCGAUGGCCAGGACUGAACCGGCUGUGGAUUCCAAGCCCCGUUCCCGCUGGUGGUGGCCGCUCAGGGCGACGGCGGGGGACGAACGGAUUCCCGAGGCGGAGCGGACCACGGAGCAGGAUCUCUUGCAGGAGCGCGAGCUGAAGACCAUCAACUAUCUGAGCGAUGCUUCGGCGCGGCUGGAUGACGGAAUGCUGGAGCUGAUGGGCAGGGUGGAGCUGCGCGACGACAGCGAUGAGGAGGGAGUGGUGGAGGACCAACAAGGUUCACUGAGAGCCCGAUCCUCCGCCGGAUUCCUCCGCCACAUCUUCCGCCUGCUAUGCUGCGAUCAUGAUGGAAAACUCGAUGCGGAAAAGCUGCGCUGCACCUUCUGCUGCUGCUGCAUGGCCUUCGGUGUCUACGUGGCCUUUAAAAUGUUACGAUAGUGAUUCAGUGACCAUCUCAUUGCAGACUCGAAUGUUUGGUAUUUGUCCAUCAGUAUUCUGAAAAUAAUGCAUAUCUCAGUUGGUAGAAAGAUGCAAGUUGAGUUUGAAGUAGUGUGCCUCCAGUCUUCGUAAGCAGCUGCCUUUGUUUUCUUACGUCGAGAUACGCACUAUGUUCUCAAUACAUAAUUAAGUACAUAUAUCUAAAUAUUUUCAGUUCUUA